CUCACGAUUUUUAGAAGACCUUCUCUAUACUCUGGCCCACUAGAGUCUAUACGUAAAAACGCGUCCGUCGCUGCGCCCGUGACAAAAUCUAUUUUGACAUAGCUGCGCCGACAAGCGUCGUUGACAUUUUUGUAUACGUAAUAGGCUUAUAACGUAUUUUUUUUACUACGAGUUUUUUUUUAUUCAUUAUGGACUAUGAAGAAUCAUAUAACGAUGUAAAACCCCCAAAACGAAAUCGUAGUGGAAAGGUUGUUCAUACCGGCCAGAAACAAAUUAUUAUAAAUGUAUACGAGGAUAUCCUUAUCAAAGAUCCCGAUAUUAUGUAUAACAAUAUUGUGGCAAGGGUGUCUGCAGCAUGUGGAAUUGGAAUACUAACAGUCAAAAACACUAUUAGUGAAUACAAGCGUACGGGAAAAGUAUCCUCACCAAUGAACAAAAAGAAAAGACCUACUAUAAUAAAUAAAGUGGACGAUUUUCAUAAAUUUGCAAUUCGUCAAAAAAUCCAUGCAUUUUGGUUCAGACGAGAAAUUCCGACAUUAGCAAAAAUUAUACAAGUUGUAAACGAUGAUCCGGAUCUUCCAAAUAUAACACGUACAUCAUUCCAAAGAUUGUUAAAGAGCAUGCAAUUUGAGUACACAAAAAGGUACAGGGACAGUGCUCUUACUGAAAGGGAGGAUCUUGUUACUUGGCGGCGCAGUUAUAUUUCUGACAUUCGACGUUAUCGACAGGAAGGCCGAACAAUUUAUUUUUUGGAUGAAAAGUUGGUCAAUGCUGAAGCUUUUUCUUCAAGAGUGUGUGUCGAUCAAUUAAAACAAUCUCACCGAGAUGCUUUCCUCAGAGGCUUAGUUACAGAGUCACGUAAUUCAACAGGAAAAGGCAAACUGCUCAUUGUUGUUCAUAUCGGGUCGGCUGAGGGUUUCGUCACAGGUGAUCUUUUGUGUUUUGAAUCUAAAAAAAACACAUCUGACUAUCAUGAUGAAAUUAACGGCAAUACAUUUUUCGAAUGGUUCUGUAGCGUUUUACCUUUAUUGAAAGAUAACUCGGUAAUAGUCAUGGAUAAUGCACCGUACCAUUCGGUGAAAACAGAACAAACACCAACCUCUUCUUGGAAAAAGGCUGCCAUAAUUGAAUGGCUUGAAUCCAAAGGCGUAGAGACCAACCCAUUCAUGAUUAAAUUUGAGUUGUUAAAAAUUGUUCGAGAGUUAAAACACAAAUAUGAUUUGUACGUGGUUGAUGAAGAGGCCAAAAAACAAAACAAAAUUGUACUACGUUUACCUCCAUACCACUGCGAACUCAAUCCCAUUGAGUUGGUAUGGUCGGUAGUAAAAGGACAUGUGAACGCAAAAAACACAACAUUUAAGAUAAAUGACGUUCAGCAAUUAUUAAACGAUGGUAUACAAAAAGUGACACCUGAAAUGUGGUCCAAUUUUGUUUCACACACUAUAAAAGAAGAGGACAAACUUUGGCAGGUAGACUAUAUUUCUGAUGAGAUAUUGGACGAAGAAUCGACAUCUCACGUGUUAAUGAUGCCUGGAUUGACGACAUCUGAUUCAGAAAACAGCAAUUGACAAUGUUUUUAUAAAAAAAAA